UGAACGAAGAAAAUGGGAUGAGCAGAUGACAAGAAGAACUAAACCAAAAGAGAGGGGACGAAGACUGAAGAAAGCUGUUGUGCUCGGGUGGGGAACUUUAGUACCAUGAUCUUCAUGCUGUUUACGGCGCUCGUGAUAUUUUCGACACGAGCCUUUUUGCUGACCAAGGCCUUCGACUCGUCAUCGGUCCCAAUCGCAGUCACUGAAUCGCCGUCGCGAGCUCCGGGAAUGGCUGAGCCGGAGGAGAAGCGAAUAGACGAGGUGCUGUCGCACCUGAUCCUGCUGUCGCAGCGCGUCCGCUGGGCGGUGGAUGAGGCCGAGUCGUUCAGGUCCGAGUGCUCCGAGCUAGGCAAGCAGGCCGACCGCCUCUCCGACAUGCUCCACUCCCUCGUCCGCUUCACAGCCUCCGCUCCGUCCCUCUACGAGCGCCCCAUCCGCCGCGUCGCCACCGAGGCCUCCAGGAACCUGGAGCAAGCCCUAGCCCUAGCUCGCAAGUGCAAGCCCCACAACAUCCUCAGCCGCGUCCUCACCGUUAAUAGUGCCGCCGAAUUUAAGAAGAUCACGUUCCUCCUCGACGCUUCUCUCGGGGACCUGAAGUGGCUGCUCAUUGUCUUCGAUCCCGAAGGUAAGGGUGGUGGUUUUAUCGCGCUGCCCCCGGUUGCGAGUGAUGAGCCGAUUCUGGCUUGGGUUUGGUCCUGCAUCGCCUCGCUUCACAUGGGGCCCCUGCCUGUUCGAAUUAAGGCUGCAAAUAAUUUGGCUUUGCUCGCGCAAGCCAAUGACAGGAUCAAGACGAUUAUCGUGGAUGAAGGCGGCAUGCCUCCGCUGGUCAAGCUCCUGCAGGAGAGUUCGGCUCCCGAUGCUCGAAAUGCCGCCAUGACUGCGGUCCGCUACUUGGCCUAUGAUCAGGGGCGAGGUAUUGAAGACCGGCAGUCCCAGCCACCGCCUGACCAGAUCAUCAAAGCGAAUGAUGAUUUGUCUAGAAGGUCACGGAAUCUGCCCGAUGGAGGGGUGUUGGAAGUUUCCGACAGAGUCUAUGCUAAAAGGAGCGAGCUGGUGUUGUUGGGGAACCCCGCAAAGAGGUUCGAUUUUGAGGAUGUUAUGAGGGCCAGUAAGCAGGAAUUAAGGAAAGGGAAGUUCGGGAUGACUUACAAGGUUGACCUGGACGAUGGAACAACCACGGUGAUCUUGAAGAUGCUCGAGAUUGAGGACUUGUCGGCCGAGGAUUUCCGGGACAAGGUGGAAGCCAUCGGUGCGAUGGACCACGAGAACCUGCUCCCUUUGAGAGGCUACUUCUACAGCAAGUACAUGAAGUUCCUCUUGUACGAUUACAUGCCCGGGAAAAGCUUGUUCGGCCGAUUACAUACAUACAGACGAUGGGGAGGGCAUCCCCUGAGCUGCGAAGUCAGGCUUUUGAUUGCCCUUGGAGCUGCCCGGGCCAUCGAGUACCUGCAUGCCCACGAUAUUCACUCCGGGAACAUCAAGUCAUCCAACAUCUUCCUCACGUCAUCCUGCGAGGCCCGGAUCUCUGAUUACAGCCUCGGCCUCCUCGCAUGGUGGAUCCCGGUCUCUGUUUAUGGCCGCUCUAAACGGCCGAAACGGCCGACCCUGCCGCUCGGCGCCAACAAAAAAGCGGUAGAUGUGUAUGACUUCGGGCAGCUGCUUCUGGAGCUCCUGACGGGGGAGCCACACCCGCAGCUUCUCCUCAAGGAGCAAGGUCAAGGUACAGAUCUUCCUCAGUUGGUCGAGUUCGCUCUUCACAAGAUGAUUGCUAAUAUUUUUAAGUGGGAGCUCAUGACGUGCCACGAAUUCAAGGAGGGAAUGGUUAAGCUGUUGGAGGUGGCGAUCAGUUGUGUAUUUCUACAAUCACAUGAGCCCCUUUCGAUGUCUGAAGUACGGAGGAAGAUCGAGGAGUUGAACGAUACGUAUGCUCGGAAACAACCAGAUGGGAUUCUGGAAGUUUCUGAAAGAGUUUAUGGAACUCCACAAAUGUCACCUUCGCUGUCAGAAAGUUUGGUUCAUUCAGCUCUUAAGGGAUCUUUUGGAAGUUUUGAAUUAGCCACGAAAUCACCUUGCACUUCGCUUGAGUUGGAUCAACAAUAUGACACAACCGUGGAAGAGAAUGGUCAGUCAUUCUCACUGUCCGAUCUCACAGGAACUCCUCCAUCGUCCAUUGUGAAUAAUUCACCUCAGGUUUCUUGUGUUCCUCCCCUCCUCCUCUUCCUUCUGUGGGUCAUGUGGAGCAAAUGAUGCCUUCUUUUGAACCGUCUCAAGAUGCAAUUAUGAUGCGAAAUAUUGUUGAACACCCAAAAUCGCAGGCCCUCAAUCAUCAGCUAUUUUUGUCUUCAGAAAUGCCUCAAGUUGUCAUCUCAGGUGAGAACACGGAAUCUGUGAAGUGGGAAGAAAUAGCAGCUGUGACAGAAACAAACAUGGACGUAACUUCUGUCAGUGACUCAGCAUCCUCAUCAGCUAUCAACAAUGGCAGUGUAGAAGCUACUGCGGCAGGUGUCUCCAACUUGGUGCAAAUCCCUGAUUUGACACUGCCAAAACAGGAAAAAGUGUACCAGCAGGACGGCUCACCAUCAUCAACCUCCAUGUCAUCUGGAUAUGACUAUGAUGUCUUCCUGAGUUUUAGGGGCCAGAUACUCGCUCGGGCAUUACAAAUUUCCUCUAUACCAGGUUGCUAGGUGCUAGAAUCCACACAUUUAAGGAUGAUGAAGAGCUCCGAGUUGGAGAGGAGGUUGCUCCUGAGUUGCUAAAAGCUAUCAGCCAAUCAAAAAUUGCAAUUCCCAUCUUUUCCAAGAGCUACGCCUCUAGUAAAUGGUGUCUUAAUGAGUUGGUCCAAAUGGUGGAGUGUAGUAAAAUAGGGAGACAGAAGGUUAUGCCCCUUUUUUAUGGCGUUACUCCAAAGGAGGUCCGUCAUCAAAGUGGGUCUUAUAAAGAAGCCUUUAUUUCGCAUAAGGAGAAAUUUGGUGCCAACGUUCGUAAGUGGGAAGCUGCUCUCAACUACGUAGCCUAUCUAAAAGGAUGGGACGAUUCGAAGAAGGAUAGAGGUGAAGGAGAACUGGUAGAAGAGAUUGUCCAGGAGGUUAUAAAUCAGUUGAAAAUGGCUUGUCUGCCGAUAACAGACUGCUUGGUCGGAGUUGAAAGUCAUGUGCAGAAGAUCGAUACAAUGAUGUGUGUUGAUUCGAAAGACAUAAGAAUUCUUGGAAUCCAUGGUAUGGGGGGCGUUGGAAAGACUACUCUUGCCAAAAUCAUCUACAACCGGCUGUCACAUCAUUUUGAAGCUUGUUGCUUCCUUUCUGACAUCAGGGGAACUUCAGAGCUUAAGGGCAUCGAAGUUUUGCAAAAUCAACUAAUCUCCGAUGUUCUCAAAAGAAAGGGGUCAAACAUUAGCAAUGUUGAGGAAGGAAUCAAGAUAAUACAAAAUAGUUUACGCGAUAGAAAGGUUCUGGUACUACUUGAUGAUGUCGAUCAAAUGGCUCAUUGG